AUGAGUCAGAAAAUGGGUAAGGAGGGUCCCAGACUCUCCAAGAACCAGAAGUUCUCCGAGCACUUCAGCAUCCACUGCUGCCCGCCCUUCACCUUCCUCAACUCCAAGCGGGAGAUCGUGGAUCGGAAAUACAGCCUCUGCAAGAGCGGCUGCUUCUACCAGAAGAAAGAGGAGGACUGGAUCUGCUGCGCCUGCCAGAAGACCAGACCCAGCCGUCGUGCCACGUCCCCUCAGAGGCCCAAGCCACAGCCAGCGGCGCCCCCCGCGGUGGUCAGAGCACCAGCCAAGCCACGGUCCCCUCCGAGGUCCGAGCGUCCGCCGCGUCCCCGCCCAGAGGUCCGACCACCUCCAGCCAAGCAGCGUCCCCCUCAGAAGGCCAAGCAACCACCACGCAGCAGCCCCCUCAGAGGGCCAGGCGCCAGCCGCGGGGGGUCUCCCAUCAAAGCUUCUAGGUUCUGGUAA